CCGAAGACAAAUUGCGCAUAUCAUCAGCGGACAAGCUGCAGUGUAGGCAGCAGUAGCCAACAAGUCCUGAAACGCAUCCUUCCAGACAUGGGUUGCUAUGACUGCUGUAUGCGCUGUUUGAGUGGGGUGCCGUACUGCUCCCUGGUCGCCACACUGCUGUGUUUCUCUGGCAUUGCCCUCUUCUGCGGUUGUGGGCACCAGGCACUCACAGAGACAGAGAGACUCAUCGAAAAUUACUUUGCCCGUAACCUUCAGGACUACAUCACCCUUGCCUACAUCAUUCAAUAUUUCCAAUAUGUCAUCUAUGGUUUGGCCUCUUUUUUCUUCCUCUACUGCAUCGUGCUGUUGGCUGAGGGCUUCUACACCACCAGCGCUGCCAAGCAAACCUUUGGAGAGUUCAGGAGCACCAUGUGUGGCCGCUGCCUCAGCUCCUCGUUUAUAGUGAUGACAUAUGUUCUAGCUGUGCUGUGGCUCCUGGUGUUUGCCUUCUCCGCCCUCCCUGUCUACUUCUUCUACAACAUGGAUGCCACCUGCCACACCAUUGACGUUCUGACUGAGACCCCAGCGAGUAUCAACCAGCUCUGUGUUGAUGCACGGCAAUAUGGCCUCCUGCCGUGGAAUGCAGUGCCAGGGAAAGCCUGUGGAAUGACUCUGUCCACCAUUUGCAAGACCAGAGAGUUCCAAAUAACCUAUGACCUCUUCAUUGCUGCCUUCGCCGGGGCAGGCAUCACUCUCUUGGCUCUGCUGACCUAUACUGUGUCAACAACUUAUAACUUUGCGGUUCUACGGUAUCUGGGGAGAAAGGGCAUAGGUGCACGGUGUUAGGCUCACCAGCUUCCUAUCUGCUCUGUCACUACGUCACCACCAACACGGGCAUCUAAAGGGGACAACAACAAUUCUUUUCUUCCACAUCAUCUGCACAGGAGCUCCUAUGAUCACAGACUUUUAAAAAUCUUCUCUUUAUAUUUUUAUCUUCCUUGUUGUAAGGAUGUUAUUUUUUUUGUAUUUCCUUUUCUUGUUGUUGUCAUUAUUUUCAGUGCCACAUCACUAAAUAUUUGUAAUUUAUUGCUCUUGUUGCUUGCAGAGGUUAGUGUCUAACAUUCAUUUCUGCUUUCCAUCACAGAAGAAUAACACUCCACUAAUAAAUUAACAUAAAAAAAAACACCAAUUGGCAAUACAUGUGCAGCUAGAAUGCAGCUGUUCCAGAGAAUUGGGAUUAUAGGUUACUAUGGCUACCAUCCUUCACAUCUGGUUGCCAUGGUGGCAGACAAGCAUGCAUUUGCAGUCUCACGCUGACCUCAGGACUUUUCUCACGGGCUGGAGAAAAGCCUCAACAAUGGAGUCAUGCCUGGUUUAAAAGCUAGCCAAUAAGGAUCCAGUUCUGGGAGCCACCUGCGCUACGAGUCUCUGCCAAGGGUUUUAUUACAUGUCAAGGGAAAGGGUCCUCUGGACAAAGAGAGGGUUAGACCUCUCUAAAGCCACAAUGCAGCUCUUCUGGGACAGAACACACACACACAACACAUCCACACUGCUGCUGCAUGGCCCCCACCUUCCCCCGAAUGAUGGAAAUGAUGGAUUGAGUGAGUGAGCGAACUGAAGGAAUUUUAGAUUAUCUUGAAUAGUUUCUUUCUGACGAAGGGACAUACUUGUUUAGUUCUGAUCUAGAAAGGUCUGAAAUUGUUUCUCGUAAUUUUUGAGAUAGCAAAAGCACUAGGUGCUAACUUAUUGAGUAACCUCAUGUUAUUAGAUGCAAAACACAUUGUUGAGGUGUGACUCCCCCCCUGCUGUUAAUGCAUGAUUGAGGUACUUCUAUAGAGAUAGGGCGGCUUUGUUUUGUCUCUGAUCCUUUAGGAAUUUUGUUGUAGCUAUUGUAUAAUAAUUCUUUUUACUUAUUGUAGCUGAAUUUACUACGACUUUUACACUUUGGGUAUUACUAACAAAACCUUUUGCAAAAUAAUGAGUAGUUUAUUUUAUUUGGUGGAAGCUUUACCCAGCUGUGAAUGGUAGAUUUGUCAAGUGGCAGCUGGCUGUUUGAUGAUUUUUUUUUGUGUGUGUUGGUAAUAUUUGAUAAUAAAAAGAAUAUUCUUUGAAGUGUU